GCCCGGGAUCGCGCUGGGAUCCGGUGCAGCUUCCGGUCACCCCGCGAGUGGCCGGCACCCGAGAGGACUCACGGGGACUGCCAUGUUGGGGUGUGAGUGGGAUCCAGCCGGGAGGCCACGCUUGGGUCCGGGACGGCCUCUGAUCGCUUCACCCGGAGCCGAGGACACGGUGGCCCCAUCCUCCCUCCCUCCUUCCUUUCUGCGGGCACAAAAGGCCCUUUACUCAUUGAGCUGGUUGGUCGGUCGGUUUGGAGAAGUUCGCUCUCUGAGGUUUCCUUAACCCUACUCCUUAUUUGGGAGCCGGAAUGUGACUUCGCUCUCUCCGGCCUCGCGAGGUCGGCGCGCAGCACUGGGGCGCGUCGGCGCGGCGCUGGAGACUGGGGACCCCGCCUCCGUGUCCCGCGAUUGUCUGGAACCGCCAGCGCCUGGCCUGCGCUACCCCUUAGGCUGCGCCGCGCUGUUUCCAUUGCUCCCUCCACCGUUGGAAGCCUUGUCUGUAAGCCAAGGCUUGGCCCAGUGCUGAUAAACUGGUCCCUCGUAGCUGGAGACUCAAAGGCAGGAAAACACUAUUCCUGCAUUUGGGAAACCCACUCUUAAUUUCUCUACGUCUGCCUGCCUCUGUUUCUGUCUGUGGUAGUGGAGAAUGGGAAUUUCAAAAGGUCUUAGUGAACCACCGGACUCUGUCAUUCAGGGUCACUGCAAAGUUUUCUUCUCUCAAGGGUUUCAGGUUACACCGUAUCUCUAAAGGUCACUUGUCAGGUUUCUUUCUCCCGAGGUGUCUCAAUGAUUGGAGGAGCAAACUACUUCCUGUGUUAUAUUUUUCUCUUCCCCCUCAGCCCACACAACUUGCUUUGUUCCAGCCCUUCUAUAGUACAGAUAGACUAUAGUACAGAUAGAGUUGAGACUGUUGUCAUAUGCGGGACCAAAACCUGGGACUUUGUAUGUUUUUGCUGUUUUCAUCUUCAGCAUCACAUUAAAAAUGUUGCUUGGUGUGAAUGCUGGGGAGGGACUCUUAACACGGCCCCAAAUACUGAAGCGUUUGUACUUUUCACUUCUCUUUCCCUGUUAGUAAGUAAGUGAGGAAAGGAGUUGAUUGGGUCGAACGGUGGCUCUGACCUUGGGGACUGGAGGCUAAGGAACAGUUUGACCACAGUUAACUGUAUUGUUGAGGAAGUGACAGAUGUUCUUUCCGGAAACAUUUCUCUCUCUGCCGUGCCAUCUGCCUUUACCCAUCAGCAGACCGGGGACACUGGCUGUUCAUUCUCUUGCUUAGCUGGAACACAGUCUAAAGACUUCACAACAAUAACAGAAAAACCUGCUUUACCCUUUCCUAUUCUGUUUGAAUACACUGUCCUCUGAAGUGCUCUAGGCUGUCAAUUCAGAUUUCUGGUAUAGUUAACGGAAGUUCGUGUACUUUUCUCCUUUGGAUAGUUUUGAAAGGAAAAGAAGCUAGCAGCAUAUUAAACCAUCCUCAUGCUAACCCUUCUCUAGUCAGGGGUAGGUGAAGACUGUUUUGACAAGCAGCCCGCUCCCAGAUCUUCAAGGCUGACUCAGAUGGCAGAUUGCAGAUUUCCCGUACAUCUUUGUGUUGAGAUUUUGAGUAGAGGAAGAAAGGAGAGCCAAGAUGUUUGGAGAGUGGCAGCCGUGUCAACAGCAUUUUCAUACCCAAAUAUUGGCUAAGACAUAAUCGCAGCCUUGAGGGAAAUCUGGUUAAAAGAAAUCCUCUUUCAGUGGCACGCACCACCACUGCCGCCGAGUCUUACGCUUUGAAAACUUUAGGUGCUGAGUAGUGAAAUGAUUUCAAAACAGUGGGGGCAGCACGGGGAGAGGAAACAGUGGAACAGGCUGGGUUGAUGAUCCCUUUGGGUACUGGGAAGAGACCUGUGCUCUAUACAGUGUACUGAGUCCAUGCCUAGGGACGUAGUGCCCAGCCUGGCUCUCAUGGGGAUUUAGAAGCCUGUCUUAUAGCCCCGAGGAAUGAUGGGAAAUGAAGGCUGCUCCUAGGUUCUGCUCUUUGUUCUAUUAAGUGAAACCGGGGCUUAAAAAAAAUAAAAACUAACCUAAGGAUGGCCCAGCUGUGAGGAGCGUUUGCUGCUUUUGCAGAGGACUCAGGUGGGUAACACCUACCUGUGACUCUAGUUCCAGGGGCUCUGACAUCUGAGCUCUUUCUGUCCUCUGUGCUCACCAUUAUGCACUUGAGACACACACACACACACACACACACACACAUGCACACGCAUGCACACACACACACAUGCAUAUGCACGCACACACAAACGCAUAACACCCCUACACAUAAAAUAAGAAUAAAUAAGUAAAGGAACCAGUUGGUCCUGCUACUUUUCUUUAUUCUCUUGGGAAAGCCGAUGUUUAGAUGCUUCUGGUGGACGCUGUCACCUUGCUUGCCCGUCCCUGCUUGCUAGCCCCUAGUCAUGCACACACUUCCAGUCAGUUCGAAGCGAGUUGAGAGGUCAUCACCAUCCAACACAUUCAUUUAGUUGAUGAGAAAACCCAGGCCCAGAAUGAAGACACAACUUGCUGAAGGCAAGUGGUGAUUCCUGCCAUUCCCUUGACCGAGGCGAGAACUGAACCCAGUUCCUCGGUUUCCUAGUCUCGGGCCCCUCUCGACUUGUAACUGCCGUGGUAUUGACAGCGAGUGUCCGGUUGCUGCUUCAGAGUGCCUGGGGUGUGAGGAGCUGCUCUGACCCUUGAGUUUUGGAUGCAUAGCAGGUCUCCCCACCCCCAUUAAGGAGUUUGUGAUAGACAUCUUAUUUAUUACUCUUUGGGGAUUCUGUAAUUUCUUUGGUAGGGACACCCAGUCUCAAUCCGUCUGUGUAUGAGCUGUCUCUCUUCCCCAUGGGGCUACAUGACUUUGUUCUGCCUCACUGUGUCAUGGUGACGCUUAGGUAUUAGCUGAGCAAAUUUAAUUAAAGCUGGUAUUAUUGUCCCACUCUGCUGUUCAGUGCCGAUUAGGUGAAGCGUGUUAUUGCUUUGCAAGAUACGGAAUGUUGUCAUAACUUAUCUCUGUUUAUCUUUCCAUUGCGCAGAUAGGGAAGCAAGGUCCUGUAGUUUCUUUCCCCAGUGUGCCUCCCUCACUAGGUCAGUGACGUAGCUGCUUUUGGUAACACGAUGGGGAGAUUAGAACCUCUCACCAUUGUCUGGGACAUUGUUGAAGGGCAACACCAGCGCUCUCUCACUGCCUGGGCCCCACCUCUCCAGCAAUGUCCUCAUUCUGUGUCCUCACUGGAGAGAUGGCCCGAUAGUGUGGCUGGCAGGGGCAGUCUCAGUUUGACACCUGCUGGAUGAAAACAGGAGGGGAGGAUCGUGCCAUCCAGUUUGGUUCCAGGGAGUCGACGGUUUGUGGAGCAUUGACCACAUGUUUAUUAGGCUAGAGGACAGAGGCAUUAAUGCCCUAUAAAAUGUUGGGGGUCAAGAAACCUAUUUGGAGUAGGCAAGAUCAGUAAAUGUAGUCUAGGGCAGCAUUGUCAGGUAUGGUGGCCAUUCUUUGUACAUAGCUGUUUAUGUAAAAGUAGCCAAUAUGCAGGCAUAAAACCAAAUGGAAAAUGCAGUUGCCAGCCACAGUUUGAGCACGCAGAAGCUUUUUGAUUCUCACAGGAAAGACUACUGGACUUUGCUGUUCUGGGGGCUGCAUCGCGUGACCAGGAAUAGAGGUGUUCUGAAAGACAGGCGUCUGCGAGGGAGGGAAGCCUUGGCUAGUGGCAGUGGGAACUUGUUGGGCCCCUGAGGAAUGAACGGACCUGCCAGAAGUCUUGAAACUGGCUGUGGCUAGAGCUGAGGGGAAGAGCAGGAGACCAAGUAGGUCAGGAGCAGUGGGGCUCGAGGACUGAAUGUAACUUGUCUUGGGGUCAAAUCAGCUUUAAAGUGGUUUUUUUUUCUUUUUUGUUUGUUUUGCUUUUUGGGGAGAAGGGGGCAGGGCUUGUGGAUUUUCUAAAGAAAGGCUAGGUGGCAUUGAGGUUGGGGGUUUGUACAUUUUUGGACAGAAAGGUUGAAUUUCUGCCUUCAGAGAAUAUUUCUUUUGGAAGAUGACAGCAGACAUGUUAUCCCGGCGUGAUCCUGACCUUUCUACUAAAGCAGGACUCUGGGUCUCUCUUGAUGCAGGAUUAGAAAUGGGUUAGUUAAUAUCCAACGGUCCUUUUUCAUUUGAAUUUUGGACUUUUCACGGAAUCUGAAAUCUCUAGUUAAAGUUAUGGUUAGGUGGCUAAAAGUCGGGGGAGUUAGGGAGAAAAACCAUCAUGGGCCUCUCUCUCUGGGCCUCAUAUUGGUGUAGGGUCUGGGAAACAUGGUGUUCUCUUUUUUUGGGGGGGAAGAUGAAUAGUUUUGAGGUGCCACAGCAGACCUGCUUUGCUCUCCCUGGUUGUUUGUGUGGAACAUCGGUGUUCACUGGCCUGCCUCUUCUCUGUGUCACACCCUCCUAAGGGUCAUGUUGAGGUCUCAGUCCCCCCCCCCCCCAUCCACCAUGUUUUUGUGGCUCCAUACCUUGGAUGGAGGUGAGUGGGCAGGGGAGAGUUAUUGGUAGGAAUGCAACGUCUCUUGAUAGUUGAGUAAUAAUGGGCACUCCUUGGUCAUCCUUGUCACCUCCUCUAUCCCAUUGGGGAAGAGGCUGGGCUGCUGCAGAAAGGCUCCCUGGUGUGUAUCAACGCCUUGCUUGCUUGUGGGCAGUGUAGCCAUAUGCUGUGGAACCUGCUCUCGGUGUGGGUUUCCUAAGGCUAUCUGGUUGCCAGCAGGAAGUGACGCUGCUACUGAAGACCUGUCAGCCUCAAACUCAGCUCCCUGGUCUUCUCCCAAGAAGCCUUUUACACACCUCCCUUGUCAAUGGGGGCGUUGGUAGGGAGAAGGGGGUCAUGCCAGAACAUCUAGAUGUUAUCGUACAUGUAAGACUGAAGUGUGUCUUUUCUGCUACUUAGGACUGAUACCCCUGAGGAUCUUAAACUCUAAUAUUUUAUAUUUCGAGGUGUAUAAGUUCAUACAUAAGUUCAAAUAUAAUAGAGAUGGACCUGCUUUUAGGGGUUAUGUGCUAGAUAAAAAAGAAAAAAUAAUCUAAACAGUAACAAAACGAAAACCAACAGUAGACCAUCAAGCGGUCUAGGUUUGAGGCCCUGCUAACUAAUCGUGUGACUUUGAGAUUUGGGUUCCAGCUGUCGCCAGGCGGCUCUGGCAGUGUGCAGUGGCAGAAGAGUCUACCCAGGGCCCCAGACACCAAGGGCAGGUGAGGGGCUUGCUGACUCGCUCUGCACUGAAUGGUCACCAGUACCUGGGCCAGCGUGGAUGCCCUCUGACAGGUGUAAUGUGUAAUAAUCUUUACUGCCCGACUGACCUCUCUCGUGAAAGCUCAGAGAGUAUCCGCAGGGAGGAGAGGCGCUGCCAGCUCUUGCCUCGAAAUGAGAGGAAUCUCAGUGAAGGACUCUUUGCCCUUUGAAGUCAUUGGGAUGUUGGAAGGCCACUGGGGCACCUGAUGUGGGGGUAAGUAUGGCCGAGUUGUAGCCAUGUCCCUUCCGCUGGCUAAUGUUUGUCUAGGCAUUAGACAUCAUUCGCUCAAACAAGUGCCUUUUAGUUCAGCCACAGUCUCUGUGAUGGGCAAGGGGUUGUUCUGAGUCUGUGAGUGGGGACCGAUUCCCAGAGUCGGUGAGGACGUUAGGGUUUCUGUGUUGGUCCACUGGCCUUCAGGGAAAGCUGGCCAUUAAGGAAGCGAGUGGAGAGGGCACAUCUGGAGCAGACUGCUUUCUCCUCCCCGUGGCGAGCAGUGUUUUAGCGUGUAUGUGGGCUCCCGUGUCCUGAUUUGUUUGGAAGGGGAGGAGGUGCAGGGGAGGAGGGAUCGUGAGGUUGGGCUUGGCCUCUGGCAUUGUCAUAUUCUUGGAGACUUUAUUCUGUGAUCCAGUAAACAUCUCCGUACGCCAGCUGGGAGGUGGUGGACCUUCGGCCUUAGCUCAAGGUCAACCUCUGCUUGUAUGGGAUGUUCCCCUUUAAGGUGAGAAAAGCUACGUGUUUAAAUCACUGGCAACUUGAGCUCUCCAGAAGGGUCACAUGAAAGGGCAUCUGGUUCUUGAUGGAUGGCUUCAGGCAUCUCCUAACUAGUGCCAAUUUGAACUCCUCUGGGAAGCGAGCGUAGUGGCUGCAGGUAGCAAUUCUGGGCAUCCGUGAGCUGCUUCUUCCUCGGCAGACAGGAGGGAACUCUGUUGUUGACGCCUUUCCUUCUUGUUUAGCUCCUAGAUGCUGCAGGACUGUCCCAAGGCACGCAGAGAGGUGGAGCUGCACUGGAGGGCCUCCCAGUGCCCACACAUCGUGCACAUCGUGGACGUCUAUGAGAACCUGUAUGCCGGGAGGAAGUGCUUGCUGAUUGUCAUGGAGUGUCUCGAUGGUGGAGAGCUCUUUAGUCGGAUCCAGGACCGAGGAGACCAGGCAUUCACAGAAAGAGAGGCAUCAGAGAUCAUGAAGAGCAUCGGGGAGGCCAUCCAGUACCUGCACUCUAUCAACAUCGCUCACCGGGACGUCAAGCCCGAGAACCUCUUAUACACUUCCAAAAGACCCAAUGCCAUCCUGAAACUCACUGAUUUUGGCUUUGCCAAGGAAACCACCAGUCACAACUCUUUGACCACUCCGUGUUAUACACCGUACUAUGUGGCUCCGGAAGUACUGGGCCCAGAGAAGUAUGACAAGUCCUGUGACAUGUGGUCCUUGGGUGUCAUCAUGUAUAUUUUGCUGUGUGGGUAUCCCCCCUUCUAUUCCAACCACGGCCUUGCCAUCUCUCCGGGCAUGAAGACUCGCAUUCGAAUGGGCCAGUAUGAAUUUCCUAACCCAGAAUGGUCAGAAGUAUCAGAAGAAGUGAAGAUGCUUAUUCGGAAUCUGCUGAAAACAGAGCCCACCCAGAGAAUGACCAUCACAGAAUUCAUGAACCACCCGUGGAUCAUGCAAUCUACGAAGGUCCCUCAGACUCCACUGCACACCAGCCGCGUCCUGAAGGAGGACAAGGAACGAUGGGAGGAUGUCAAGGAGGAGAUGACCAGUGCCUUGGCCACGAUGCGUGUCGACUAUGAGCAGGUCAAGAUAAAGAAGAUAGAGGACGCAUCCAACCCUCUGCUUCUCAAGAGGAGGAAGAAAGCUCGCGCCGUGGAAGACGCGGCCCUUGCCCACUGAGCCGCACUGUCUCCCACCCGCUGGAGGACAAGCAAUAACUCUACAUGAAUAUAUUUUUUAGACAAAGAGACACAAGUUGCCCAAUGCUGCCUCCUGUUCUCUUGGGCUGCGUGGCACCCAGAAAUGCCUCCGGCUUUAUUCUGCCCUUGGCUCUGGCUUCCCCCGAGAUGGGGGCUGGAGGAUGUGUGAGGGGGUGAGGUGCUCCUGAGCCCGUGCUCCUUUUGCAUUUUAUCUGUAAUCUGACGUAGCGUUUUUAUGACCCUAUCUUCUUGUCCUUUUCCCCACUCCUCAUCCUUCCCCAGGUCCUUCCCCAUCUACAAAGGCUGCGGCUUACCCAAGGGCAUUGUGGAGGUUGUUAUAGGGAUGUCCCUAGGUCACCCAUCUGUCCCCCCUGGCCUCCCGCUGCAACAUGGGGUUCCCACUGGCUCUAGAACCUGUGAAGUCCAGGGAGAAGGGAGCACAGUGGCCGUGGGUGCCACUGGCCUCCCAGGGAAGCCCUUAGAUAUCACCAGUGUGCACAGCAGAGCAGCACACGUGUGUACGUGUGUGUAUGUGUGUGUGCAUGUGUGUGUAUGUAUGCCUGGGUCCAUGCCGGUGACUGGGCAUUGGAGGGUCUAGGGAGGGCAGGACUACAGGGACUCCUGCUUGGACUGAGCCUUCCUACAGCCUAGGUAGCCUGUGUGGCUCCAGAGCCAGGUAGUCGUGGCCUCUGUAUUAGCUGGGCAGGGGAGGCAGUGAGGGGUAUGUGGGCACUGGCAGCCAUCAGGAGGACUGGGUUCCCUCAGGAUCCCUUUCCUAAAGUAGUGCUGGUCCCAGGUCCUGGAGGCCCUGAUCCGCUGAGUAGCCUCUGCUCGCCCUUCUUGCCACGAUUAACCCACUCUUGAGUUCUCUGAAAUCGUUAGCCAUUUCUCAAUGGGCUGUCCACUCCCAUGGGUGAGCCUGGGAAGGUUAUCUACCCAGAAAGGCAGUUGCAUUUCAUGCAUCUCCCCUGAACUCUGGGGUACCUGCCAACCUCCCUUUGGCAAGGGCAGGACCACGUGUGGUCUUCUCGAUUUCCAGCACGGGGUCUGGUGGGUGGGACAGUCUUCGCACCAAAGAUGUCUUGACUCUGUCCCUGCCCACCAGCCACCUUACCCUCUAACUACUCAACCUGGGUGGGGGCUCCCCAGGAUUGAGGAGGAGCAGGUGGGGAAGAGUCUUUGUGCCAUGGUCCCCCAUGCCCCUCCUGCUGGAGGAGGGGUGUCUCCCUCAGGGGUUGGUGGAGGAGGGGCUCCUGGGCAUCUCUGGGCCUGGGGCAGGGCCCAGAUGUCUGCAGCUCCUCCCAUGUCUUUGAUGGUGUGUUCAACACUCAGACUGUUGUAAACUGUUGUUUUGUAUGAACAAAAUUGUCUUUACUAAACAAGUUUAAUAGUUGAAA